AUGACGACGGCGAUUCCGCCGGAUUUACCGGUGUCUCCGGGAGGGGAACCGGGGGUAAACACUGUGGAGGAUGAGAAGGUUCAGAUUGAGAAGAAACCGGAUCAAAGUUGGGUCAAUAUAGCGAAAGAUAAGAAAACGUUGAAGAAAUACGAUGUGGAGAUUUUGGAUAAAGGUGGAAAACAAACGGUGGAAAUCCCGGAGGAGGUAAUUUCUGAAUCGACUCCGCUAUGGGAUGAUUUUGUUAUUGGAAAGUUUUUGGAUCGAGCGCCUCAUGUCGCAAAAGUCCACAUGGUUCUAAACGAAAUCUGGAGGUAUGGUGAAUUAUCAACGAAGGUAGAAGUUUAUGAGGUGGAUGAUACGACGAUGAGAUUCAAAGUAUCAGAUCCAAAAGCUCGGGAGAAGAUUCUCCGUCGUGGUAUGUGGAAUAUAGUGGGGGUCCCGAUGAUAGUAACGAAAUGGACUCCAAGAAGUGAGGAGGAGAAGCAAGAGGAGGAAUCUAUUCCCAUGUGGAUUCAUCUUACAAAGGUCCCACUGCAUAUGUUCUCCUGGGAGGGUCUUAGUCUUUUGGCUAGUCCUGUGCGAAUUCCACUGAAGCUCCAUCCAGAGACAAUUGCUUGCACAAGUUUUGAAGUUGCGAAGAUAUUUGUGAAAGUGGAUGUCUCGAAAACUCUACCGAAGGAGAUGACAUUUACAAGUAAGGGGAAGGAUUUCAUGGUGGAUUUUCAUUACCCGUGGCUUCCUUCAAGGUGUAAGCAUUGUGAUAAGUGGGGUCAUGGAGAGAAAGUUUGUGCUUUGAAGGGGAAAGGGAAAGCUCAGGAGGGGAGUUCUAAAUCAAAUUUGAAGGAUGUGAUAGAGAGUAUUGGGAACAAGGAGGCAAGUAUUAUAGAGAAAGAUGGUAAAAGUGAAAAGGCUUCUACUGGAGGAAAGUCUGUUGAGCUGGAAAAGAGAGAGAAGGUAGUCGGUGAUGAAAGUGAAGAGAGUUGGCUUCAGGUUCCUCAAGGGAAAACUGGUCGAUCACAGCCGAGUACUCCUAAACAAAUGGUGGCUGAGAUUAAAAUUUCAUCAUCAAAGUUUACGGUUCUGCGUACUAAUGAGGAGGAGGAAGGAGAAAUAGUGGAAGUGAAUAAAGAUUUGGGGGUUGAAGAAGAAAACUUGGGUGAAAAAAUAGAGAUCUGUGAGGAAGAUGUAAUUGAGGAUGCUUUGUUGGAACGUAGUAGAGGGAUAAAUAAAGUUAUUGGGCAGAGAGGAAGGAAGAAAGGGCAGAAGGCUAAAGCUCGGGAUGAGAAUCCUGUGAGUAAAAGGUCUUCUCGUCCUAAUAACUAA